AUGUUCUACUAUGACAAAGAGAGCCUUGACCGCCGCUUCGCCUUCCACGCAUUCGAACACACAUCAUUCCGGGCCGUGCUCUGCUUCCUUACUUGGCCCAUCGUUGCUCGUCGUUCGUAUCAGUUCGGCUUGCAUGGCGCACCGGACGACUUUCCCGACAUCACCUUCAUCUGGCCCGGGGGCAAAAUGCUUCCCAACAUCGUGGCGUCCAAUGUGCCCUUGACUCCUCCUGAUCGGGAGCCAUGGCUAUCAACAAACCCUCUCCUCUCCGCAAAGGUUGCGAAACCUUUGCCGCAGUUCCGUACGCUGUUCAAACCUCGCGAUCAGUCCUCCGUAUGA